UAACUCUCUGUGAGCGGUUUGUAAGGAAGUCUUUGAUACAUGUGCAGGUGGUGAUGGAGAGGUCUAAGUCUUGUAUGGAUCUAUGAGCUCUAUAAACAAACUGCUGAGGGUCAAACGUGGGAGGGAGACUGGUUUUAAUGUGGUGCAGGACAAGUUUCUCAAAACACGAUCACUGGAGUAAGUGCAAUUGGUCUGUAAUCAUUCAGGUCCACAGAGACUGGCUUUUUGGAAACUUUAAUGAUAACUCCUCAUUCAAGAAGCCACACUGGUGAACAUUGCUCAUGUUCUGUAUUAGACCUGUGCUUUUUCCUGCUUUGACAUGUCUAAACAUCUGCUGUGAAAAAGGUUGAUUUGAAUCAUGUUUGCAACAUUCUGUUUGAAAUCCAUGAAUAACGUAAACAUACACAAUCAUGUUCUCUUGUUUAAAGCAGAAUAUAACACACGUGGCAAUGCUGACUGAUGAACAGUACCAUGAGCUUCAUGCAUCAGGUUACCUGCUAUCUUUCGCAUACAACGUUCUACCAUGGUCCAGAUGUUUCAGGAGUUUUCAUUGGGUAGUCGUUGAAUGGCACAGAGGAAAUGCAGAGCAAUAUGUUUAAUUAUUUUAAUUAGUUUAAUAAUAAAAUAUGUUUAUAACUAUAAUAAUUUAUUGUUGUAUCUGAGUAUUGGGGUGGCUGUGGCUCAGGAGGUAGAGCAGUCAUCCUCCGAUCGGAGGUUCAAUUCCCGGCUCCUCCAGUCCACAUGUCCAUGUAGCCUUGGGCAAGAUACUUAUUUCCGAAUUGCUCCCAGUGGCUGCGCCAACGGUGUAUGAAUGUGUAUGAAUGGUUAGUUUCCUUCCUGAUGAGCAGGUUGGCACCCUGCGUGAGAGUCCCUGUCAUCAGUGUAUGAAUGUGUGUGGAUGGGUGAAUGUGAAAUGUAGUGUAAAAGUGCUUUGAGUGGUCAAAAGGACUAGAAAAGCAUUAUAUAAGUACUGUCCAUUUAGCACUGGUAUUUGAGUAAAGAGCUUGUUUAUCGGAAAGUAUUGUUCUGUCUUUAACUCUGUCUCUCUCUAAAUCAUUGAUAAAGGAUAUGAUAUAUUAUAUUUACAGUAUGCAGUAUUAUUCAUAUCAUUCUUAUUAGGAAGUUUAUUAACUCAUAACCAUACAAUCUUACUUCUCCCUCAUUAGCACCAUGGAGAUGCCCUGGAGCAAGACCCUCAACCCCAACUGCUACAUCAGAUCAGACUGUGGUUGUACUGGGCAGUUUCUGCUGUGAAUGUGUGUGACUGUGUGAGUGUGAAUGGGGACUUCCUGUUGUCAGUGAACAAAGGUAGAGAAAAAAAUUAGAGGCGGAGCAACACUGGAAGAACAGGGGGAGUGUGUCAGCAUCACAACGGGGAAAUGAAAGUUAAAGAAUCUCACAGUUAGUGGAGAGAAAAGAAAAGAAAGACAACCAGCUUCUUCAGACCUUUUAACACACCUGCACCAGUUUUACAUGCACACAGACAUGUCUUCUGCCAGCAGUCUGUUAUCUGAAGAUCAGUUUCUGUGCUCCAUCUGUCUGGAUGUGUUCACUCAUCCAGUCACCAUACCAUGUGGACACAACUUCUGCAAGAACUGCAUCACAGAACACUGGGAUAUUAUUUCAUACUGUCAGUGUCCCAUGUGUAAAGAUGUCUUUGACAGAAGGCCUGAACUACGAGUCAAUACAUUCAUAUCUGAGAUGGCUGAUCAGUUCAGACGGUCAGCUGUAAAGAAAAGCAGCAGCUGCUCAGACCAACAAUGGACCAACACAGGAGAUGUUCUCUGUGACGUCUGCACUGAAACCAAACUGAAGGCUGUGAAGUCCUGUCUGGUGUGUCUGACCUCCUACUGUGAGACUCACCUGGACCUUCACCAGAAAAUGACAGUGAUGACAAGACACAAGCUGAUUGAUCCUGUGAAGAACCUGGAAGACAGAAUGUGUAAGAACCAUGAUCGACCUCUGGAGCUGUUCUGCAAGAAUGAUCAGAUGUGUGUGUGUCACUCCUGUGCUGAGUCAGGUCACAAACUUCAUCACAUUGUUCCUUUGAUAGAAGAAUAUGAAGAGAAGAAGGCUGAUCUGGGAAAGACAGAGGCCAAAAUUCAGCAGAUGAUCCAGGAGAGACGACUGAAGAUUCAGCAGAUUAAGGAGUCAGUGAAGCUCAGCAAGGAAGAUGCAGACAGAGAGACAGCAGACAGUGUGCAGGUCUUCACUGCUCUGAUCCAGUCUGUUGAGAGAAGUUUGGCUCAGCUCAUUGAGAUGAUUGAAGAGAACCAGAAAAGAACAGAGGAACAGGCUGAAGGCUUCAUCAAAGAACUGGAAGAGGAAAUCUCUGAGCUGAUGAAGAGAAGUGCUGAAGUGGAGCAGCUCUCAAACAUUGAAGACCAUCUCCAGUUACUCCAAAGCUUCUCAUCCCUGAACCCUGCUCCACCCACCAAAGACUGGACACAAGUCAAAGUUCAUGCAUUAUAUGGGGAGACUGUGAGGAAAGCUGUGGCUCAGCUGGAAGAGACAUUCAGUGAAGAGAGGAACAAUCGAUGUGAUGAUGUUGAGCUGAAGAGGGUCCAACAGUUUGCAGUGGAUGUUACUCUUGACCCCGAAACAGCAUAUGCAGCUUUCAUCCUGUCUGAUGAUGGAAAACAAGUCAAAUAUGAUGUGAAGAAGAAUCUCCCAUAUAAUCAAAAAAGAUUUAACUAUCGCUGUGUUUUAGGAAAGCAAAGUUUCUCUUCAGGCAGAUUUUAUUAUGAAGUUCAGGUUAAAAGGAAGACUGAGUGGACUUUAGGAGUGGCCAGAGAGUCGAUCAACAGGAAGGGACACAUGAGAUGGAGCCCAAACAAUGGUGUCUGGGCUAUGGAUUUGAGCGAUGAAGAUGGAUACAUAGCUCAUACUGUCCUUCUCUCUCUGAAGUCAAAGCCUCAGAAGGUGGGGGUGUUUGUGGAUUAUGAGGAGGGUCUGGUCUCCUUUUAUGAUGUAGAUGAUGAAACUCAUAUCUACUCCUUUACUGAUUGUAAGUUUACUGAGAAACUCUGUCCAUUCUUUGAUCCCUGUAAAAAUGAUAGUGGUAAAAACUCAGCCCCUCUGAUCAUCUGUCCUGUCAGUCACACUGAUUAAACGUGUGUUGUGGUCCUUCUGACAAAUGAACAGUGAUGAUGGACAAUGUCAUUUAAUUUACUUUACAGAUUCUGGUGAAUGUGGUUAUUACUUGAUUUCUUGUUAUAUUCAGUGAUAUAUAUAUAAUUAUAUUACACUUUUGAUGUAUUCCAUUACUGCUUUAACAUAUAGUAACCUACUCAUUUACCAACAACAAUCCAAUACAAUGACAUAACAAAAUGUGUAUGUAAUAGUGUGAGAACAUCACAAAAUAUUAUCCUUGUGGUGUUUAAACCUGCAGCGACAAAUCAUAAUAAUCGUUAUAACAGAGUUUGAUUGUUGUACAUAUAAGAAGUGCUGAAAGUUUUUUACAAACUCAUUUUUAAAAACAGCAUACUCAGACUUGUGUAUCUAAUUUAAUGCAGUGGUCUCACCACCAGGGGGUUUGGACCAUCCAAGAUCAGUCUGAGACCAUACAAGGAGGUCACAGGAGACUUGAAUGUUAAAUACAAUUGUACAGUUUGUGUAAUGAAUUAUGGGCACAUUAUUCAAAUAAAACAGUUGAUCUGGU